AAUGCAGAGGUUGGGAUAAUCUUUAGAAAAACUCUACUUUAUCUCCUUGGACUAUUGUUUAAGCUUGAUUUUCCUCCCCCCAAUUGAAAACCAGAUAUCCAACCCCCUUGAACUAUUGAAACCGGACAAAUUACCUCUAUAAGCCAUUCGCGCCACAGUUUUGCCCCUGGUUGGUGACGAUUUUGACACAUCACAAGUUGACAUGUACACCAUGUUGGAUCUUCUUUCCACGUGGCAAUAAAUGUAAAUAACAAAUCAUCUCUUUUUGUAUACCCACUUUCCAAUCACUCUCUUAUUCUCUUCAUUCUCUCUCAAUCUUCCUUCGCGCAUCCCAUAGAUAUGGAAAUGGCCGCCCUUGGUGGGAACUGUCGAGGUCAACAAAGAUGUUGUAGGAGGUGGGGGAGAUGAAGGAGGCACGAUUGCCUCCCCCCAUUGCCCUUUGCAUCCAUGCUCCUCAAGCACCAUGGACCGGAGUGGUAGAGAUGGUGACGGCGCAACAACGGUGGGCACGGGGAACGAUAGAGACAACGGUGGUGCUGAGUCUAAAGGGGAUGGGAACGGUGCUGCAGGUAGAAUGGGGAGCACUAAUGAUGGCGGGCUGAUAGAGGGACGAUGUGAAGCCAUAGUCGACACCGAUGUUGGAGGAGAGCUAAAUUUGGCCACACACGGAGUGCCCUCUACCUAUCUACCGCCGCCCUUGCCCGCGUGAGUGUUCGUCUUGCUCGCGAUCUCUUUCGUCAUGUUCCGAUCACCUAUGGAGGAGAUUGCUUCACACUAUGACAAUAUAUGUUAGGGGAGAUAGAAGAGAAGGAGAAAAAAGAAAAGAGGAAAAGGAGAUGGGGGCGGAGCCUCAUAUGCGGGCUUCGUCGCUAUGUCAGCGUCACAUCGGAUUAAAAUCACCUUGGAAUAAGAUGAGGAGGGUAAUUUGCUUAUUUUAAUAGUUCAAAGGGGUUGGAUAUCUGAUUUUUAAGUUCAGAGUGAAAAUCAGACUCCAACAACAGUUAAAGAAGAUAAAAUAGCCUUUUUUUUAAUCUUUAUUCCUCCUCUAAAAAAGUCCGAUCCUCAGCAUGAAUCCCGUGUCGCUGUCGCCAUACCAAAAUGAACAUCUACUUCGGCCCGGUCCAGCCUCAAAGCCCAUCGGCCCAUUCCCCAUCCACUAAACCCUAAACCCUUCCCUUAAAACCCCCUUCCUCCGUUGCCGCCACGCCGCCGCUGCCCCCGUUUCCCCUCCCUCGCCGAGAAAAACCUAGUACCCCCCUCCCCCCCCCCGACCGCCGCCAUGUCGUCCACACCGCCGGCCGUCGCGUCCCCCGCCUCCGAGCACACCAAAUCCAAGAAGAAGAAGAACAAGUCCAAGGACGCCACCACCGCCGCCGCGACCGACCCGCCGUCGCUCGCCGAGGCCGAGGAGAAGACCGAUGGCUACCUCAUCAAGCCCCAGUCCCUGGUGCCGUCCCUCGAUACCUCCACCUGGCCGCUCCUCCUCAAGAACUACGACCGCCUCAACGUCCGCACGGGCCACUACACCCCGCUCCCCUCCGGCCACUCGCCGCUCAAGCGCCCCCUCGCCGAGCACCUCCGCUACGGCGUCAUCAACCUCGACAAGCCCUCCAACCCGUCCUCCCACGAGGUGGUCGCCUGGAUCAAGCGCCUCCUCCGCUCCGAGAAGACCGGCCACAGCGGCACGCUCGACCCCAAGGUCACCGGCAACCUCAUCGUCUGCGUCGAUCGCGCCACGCGCCUCGUCAAGUCACAGCAGGGCGCCGGCAAGGAGUACGUCUGCGUCGCCCGCUUCCACGCCGCCGUGCCGGACACCGCGCGCGUGGCUCGCGCCCUGGAGGCGCUCACGGGCGCCGUGUUCCAGCGCCCGCCGCUCAUCUCCGCGGUCAAGCGCCAGCUCAGGGUGCGGACCAUCUACGAGAGCAAACUUCUGGAGCACGAUCCUGAGCGCCACCUUGCGGUGUUCUGGAUCUCCUGCGAGGCAGGUACCUAUGUCCGGACUCUCUGUGUGCACCUUGGGCUGCUCCUUGGUGUAGGGGCGCAUAUGCAGGAGCUGCGCCGUGUCCGGUCCGGGAUCAUGGGGGAGCAGGACAACAUGGUGACCAUGCACGAUGUGAUGGACGCGAUGUGGGCGCUCGACAACUACAAGGACGAGACCUACUUGAGGCGGGUCGUCAUGCCACUUGAGGUACUGCUUACUAGCUACAAGAGGCUUGUUGUGAAGGAUUCUGCUGUAAAUGCUAUCUGCUACGGUGCUAAGCUUAUGAUCCCCGGGUUGCUCCGGUUUGAGAAUGAUAUUGAGACUGGGGAGGAGGUGGUUCUCAUGACUACAAAGGGGGAGGCUAUUGCCAUUGGUAUUGCUGAGAUGACCACUGCUGUUAUGGCGACUUGCGACCAUGGUGCAGUUGCAAAGAUCAAGAGGGUGGUGAUGGACAGAGACACAUACCCGAGGAAGUGGGGGCUUGGCCCAGUGGCUCUCAAGAAGAAAAAGCUGGUUGCUGAGGGUCUCCUUGAUAAGCAUGGGAAGCCAAAUGAGAAGACCCCAGCUGAGUGGCUUCGGAAUGUGGUCCUUCCCACUGGUGGUGAUGUAUCGAUUGCUAGCAUUGCAGCUGCUCCUGAGCCAGAGAAGGUGAAGGUGGAACAGGAUGCAGUUGCGACUGAAGAGGUCAGUGAGAAGAAAAAGAAGAAGAGGCGGAAGGAUGAGGAGGGCGAUGAUGCUGAUGCUUCUGUUCCUGCAAAGAAGAUCAAGGUUGAGGAAGUUGCUGAGGCAGUGGAAGGGGAGAAGAGUGAGAAGAAGAAGAAGAAAAAGAAAGACAAGGGCGAAUCAGGAUCAGCUGAGGCUGUGGAGGUGAAGGAGGAGAAGGAGGAGAAGGUCGAUGUGGCUGAGGAGAAGGAUGGAAGUGAGAAGAAAAAGAAGAAGAAGAAGAGCAAGGAAGGAAGUGGCGCUGCGGAUCCAGAGAGUGCUCAGAAUGGAGAUGGUGUGGAAGCUGAGAAGAGUGAAAAGAAAAAGGAGAAGAAAAAGAAGAAGAGUCGAGAUACAGAGGAGGCACAGUAGGUAGAACGAACUAUAUAUUGCAAUGGCUGGUUGUCUUUCUUUGUUCGGGAUUUGCAGGGGAACUUUGAAAUGCCUCUCUUGCUUGGUUUGUGUAUCUCUUGCAACAGUUAUAAGCCUAAUGUACCAUCCUUAAAUUAUUACUAUUCUACUGCUUUGAACUACUAUGGUAAGUGGUGGAAUUUUCAUUGAAACUCUUAACAACGAUGGCUGUAUUGUUGAUUCAGUUAUCAGAUAAUGCAAAGAGUUUUGCUCUCA